AAUUUAUGGGAGUCAGAAUUCUGCCCUGACUCGAACUCCUCAGCACCCUCCCAGGGCUCCUCCAGAUGCUUACCAGUGGACUCAGUUUCACUCUCCUUCUCAGAAGUUCGGGCAUGAUGUUGUCUCGGCCAGACAAGGCAUAAAUGAUUUUCACCACGUAGGUAACAGCAUCGUCAGCAGUGCACCAGGAAGAUGGACGCAGUUUCGUUAAGUCUAAUGAAACAAAUGUAAAUUGCUAGAUGUUACUUUGAUAAAAUGGGGUCAUAUUGAAUACUGUAUUUGUUAAGGAUAUGUUGGUCACAGCAUACAGCAGAGUUAAAUUAAUCUUCACAGUAGUGGUCCUCCCACUAAGUGUCAAACUAUAUAUAUAUUAAGUUAAUGAAUCUAGCAUCUCUGUGAUUCCAUGCUAACACUUGGAAUUAGGUUAUUUAUACUUUUUAAAUGUGGUUUUAGAGCAACUUGUUUUCUGUAAACAUUUUACUGGAAUUGUUUUUCAGUCUGCCUGUAAGUUCCUAUAUUUUGUGCAGCUUUUUGUUUUUUUUGCAACAGAUCUGAAUAGUGUACCUUGUGGUGUUCAAGUCACUGAAAAAUACUUUUAUGCUGGGGUUUAGUGUGUGUUGUAAUUUCACAGUGCAUAUUUUCGAGGUGAAGCGGAGAUAUCUGAUUUUAGAUUUUAUAAGAAGUUAUAUGGCAUAUGAGAAGAUGGCUCCCAUGGCCUUUAACAAAUCUCAUUCUAUUUUAAGUCAUGCUAAUCAUAUAUUUACCAGUAUUCUUAUUUUGUACCUGACAUUAUUUUGUACAAGAAUGUAACCACCUGACACUGGAAUCAUGGGAUAUUGUGUUAUUACUUAAGAGGGGUGUGUUUGGUCCAAGUCAUAGUACCUGAUGAAUUGUUAGAAUAUCAGAUUCUCAAUACCAGUAUUAAAAUUUUAAGUCUUGCACAAAUUCGCUUGAAAAAUCUUUCAGAUUUUGUUGCUAUCCAUUUGUGAUUUCUCAUUCUGAGUGUAAUUAGAGCUACAAAUAAUAGGGUGUUUGCUUAACAUCUUCAUCAACUUUAAGAAUAUUUUCACAUUACUUCUUUUGUGUGGGUUUGACAUGUAAUGUUCUCUCUCCACUUUUUCUAGUGAACUGUCUGACUGAAUUCCCUGCUGGUCCAGCCCUUCACCAUAAUUUUCUUGGCCUUCAUACUGGUUGGCAACUUGUUGCUUCCAUGUUUGUUACUUUUCAACAAAUUGCUCCUCUUCAUUCUUAUCACAUGCACAUACAAUCUCUGUCUUUUAAAGUCCAGUUUAUUUUCUACCUUCUGAAACCACAGCUGUCUACAACUUCAUCAUUUGUGAUAUUAUCUCAAAAUGCCCUAGCUGUGAAUAUUGUUUGAACCUCUUACACCCUUUGUAAGUGCCCAUCUUUGUUGAAUAGUAUUCUACCUAGAGUACUACUAUGUCAAAACUUUGUACAUGUGGGCAAAUGGCGAAAUUUUUGCUCUUACUAUUGGAGCAUUCUUAAUUACCAGGAGUCCACUUCAUCUGUUCAUAUUCUUGUUCUUACUACCAUCUCCACAAUCUGUCAUGUUGCCAAGGUAACAGAAAUGGUCUGCCUCUGAGGCCUGCCCUUCCACAACAUUAAUGUCAAUGAUUGUGGUUUAACAAAACCACUGGGAUAUUUCUAGACUUGGGGCUCAUCUGGAGGCUUUAUUCCUAGGUGAGAGUUGGAGGAGCAUAGAGUUAGAGAAGUUGUAAAGCUAAGAGGAGCAAGAAAUGGUAUUUCCCUUUUGGGGUUUUUCACCUCUGAACUGUUAGGUUUAUGUACACAUCGAGCAGCUAAAGCUCUUAAUUCAUAUACAUAGAUAGAGCCUACACUGACUAACAUGAAAGCAAAGAAAAAGUCUAGUUAGGGAAGCGACCCUGUAGAUUCUGUUUGGGUGAGCAAUACUGUAAUGCAUCUAUAUAUGUAACAUGGUGUCAUGAAGAAAUGCUGUGUGCAGUAUUGCAGUCACCCAAAAAGAAUCUAGAAGGUCGCUUCCCUAACUAAACUUUUUCUUUGCUUUCAUGUUAGUCAGUGUAGGCUCUAUCUUCUUUAUUCCAGUUUUCCAUCUUCUGUAUACUUCUGAAACCUACCUUUCUGCACUUAAUGAGUUUCCUCCAUUGCUGUGAUAACACAGGAGUGAACAGCCAGCAGAAGUAUAUAAGGUUCCAUGUAGCAUUCAUACAUGAUAUAUGGGAAACUGGUUUCCCUUCAGAAGUUUUUGUCAAAUUGAUUUUUUUUUUAAGUAAUAGCUUAAAAGGAAAUUGAUUUAGUUUCAACCAAGGUCUUAUUAUGCAGAUUUCUUUAAUAUUGAGGCAGGCCCUCUCAUGAUGUCAGGAUUCAUUAUGUACUAUACAGAAUCAUAGAAAAUGUGGGAGUCUUGCAAGGAAAAAUAUUCUUUCACAGUUUUUAUACAUAUUUUGGCAUAUAGAAAAGUUGAGUAACAACAUACUGGACUUCCAUUUGUGAGAUUUUCAAAUCUUCAGCUACAUAUUUCAUUAACUAGAACCACAGCUUUAUUUCUUUACAUUUUAGGUAUUAGAUGAAUGCUUUUUCAUAUCAUUAUAUCUAUGCUGCUGUUUCACAAGUUCAUUGUAACUCUGUGAAAAGAAGGGUGGUGUUUUUUAGAGGGAUUAAGGGCAUUUCAGUCAUAGCAGAAUGAUUGUGUUACUUCAUUGGAUUUUUAUAUUAUUUUAAUUUUAGUAUAGUUUCUUGUGUAACUCACUAGAUUUAAGAGUACAUGUUAUAUGAUACACUGCCACUUGUAUAUAGAAUAUAGUUUUAGAAACUGCUUCAAGAUUGGGUGUUGUUGAUCUUCACAUUGAUUACGUACUAGGUGUUUUGCCUUGGAGAGCGUCUUUGAAAUUUGUGAAGUACAAAAUGACAUCCUGUGAAAGACAUAAUGUGAGAAUUGAAAUACAGUAGUGUAGUUUUCUUUACAGGGUAGUUGCUCAGUGCUUCAAAGGAAAACCUGUCUUCCAUGACUGUAUCCGAUGUAAUAACAGUAAAACUUAGUUGUAGCCGCUGAUGCUUUCGUUAGGUUUCCCCGGUAAGAGGCUAGUGCCGUGAGUGCAUGUUAAGCAGUCUACUGCAGGCAUUGCCUAAGUUUCUUUUCAGCCUACCUCUGGCCCUUUGCUGCAACCCCUUUCAUUCUUGUGACUGUACCUCUGUUAAUAUUCUCUUUCUCCCAGCUUAUUUUCCAGUUUCUCCUAAGAAUUGUUUCACGGUCCAAUCGAGAGGCUUUCCUCCCGUUAAACCUUUAAAACUCCUUUAUUCUUAUUUCCCCGUCAGUGCUGGAGGACCUUAUAUGUUCCAUUGGUUGGCCUUUGGCCUAAAUUUUAUAUUCCACUUCUAAUUCAUUAGGUUUUUUCUUCUGGCUUUGCAGGUCUCUUAAGUAGGGGUUCUUUCAUCUUGGCUUUAAUUCUUUAUGUAGAGUUUGAUUUCAUUAGCUUUUAGACUUCUCAUGCUGAAAGGAUUCUGAGGAAUAUAUGAAUUUUAACCUUGUGAGGUAAUGGAUUGCUUUAUGAGUGUUUUAUUUUAGCACAGGCGGUCCUCGGUUAACGGCGGACUCGGUUUUAUAAAAUCGGCAAUUUAUGGCACCAGAACGCGCCAAGUUUCUGUUCUCAGCCCCAUAAGGUGCUGAUAUGGUGCCAUAACCAGGGACUGCCUCUACUAGUAUAUGUCUUGUAAUGGUAUUCUACUUAAAUUUUUAUACUGUUUUAUUGUUAUCGGAGGCUCUAGUGUCACUUUUUUAAUGCUUAACGAACCCACAGGAUUUGCUGUUGUAUAUGUAUGUAUACCAUGUGUAUAUAAAAGAAUAGUAGUUUGGGUUUUAAAAUAGUUAUGUGCUUGCUGUUGAAUUUUGUACUAAUUUCCUAAACAUUUGGCAUUGACAAAAUGCUUUCAAUCUAUCCACUUAUUAAAUCUCUUUUGGAUAUGUAAAUGCAGUACAUUAUGAGUGAGGAAAUCCCCAGUAAUUACUGAUUGAGUAAUUAUUGAUAAGCUUAUUUGGUGAAGGCAAAAGCUCUGUUCAUUGCAUUAAAAAGUUUUUAUGCCUUUAGCUCUUGGUUAAUUGGAGGUUUAAUUUUCAAGGUAACAAAUGAUUCCAGUUCCAAUAAGGCAGCCUUAUUGGUAAACCUCUGAUGUCUACAUAAAGUUUCAGGGAAACUUGUACCCUUUUUAUUAUGUUAGAUGUUUAUAUUCAUAUUCCAAUAUCACUCUGCCAUAUUAAUGUCUGCCUCUUUUAGCUGGAUUUUUUAAAUAUUAAGGCAAAUGACUGAUUUCACUUAAAAUGUAGAGGUAGGUUUGAAAGAAACACUUAAGGGCAGCUGGAACGCAUGUUGACGAAUAUUUAAAAUUUUCAUUGUCAGCAGCUCAUUCUCUCUAAAUCCACUAAGCCAAAGUACUGUAUAUACUGAAUUUUUUAAUGUUUGCUUUGUACAUAUUUACCAGAAGAGUGGAACAUUAAUUCCCAGUUUAAAUAUGCAAUAGUCUGCCAUUUUGAUAUUAGCUCACUGUGUCAACAGUUAUAAUUUUUUUGACCGCAAAUUGUUUGUGUAUCAGAAAUUCAGAAGAGUAUGUCAGAACAGUUGGUUUCCCUAUAGCUUGUCUUUAAUACUGUAGGGAAUAAAUAUUUACAGGUAGAGGGAUAUUGUAUUUAGUCUUGCAAUGAAUUCUGUAAUCAUUUUAUGAAUGAACACUUCAUUUCCUGUGGUUUUCCUCCUAAUUAUGUUAUGUAUGAUGCAUUGUGUCUGCUUUUUUUUUUUUUUUUCAUUCCUGCUUUGAAGUUUGCUUUUAACCAUGUUUGUAAUGCAAGGACUUGUGCUUGAAGUGUUUUCAAACAGAAUACAUGAUUUUGAAGAAAUUUCUGUAAAUCAAGCAAAAGUUCACUAGUUAUGAUUUUUUUUACCAGAACUUUUUUUUAUAAA